CAGGACUGGGACAAGCCCGAGCACAUCCCGGACCCCGACGCCAAGAAACCCGAGGAUUGGGACGAGGAGAUGGACGGGGAGUGGGAACCCCCCGUCAUCCAGAACCCCGAGUACAAGGGCGAGUGGAGGCCGCGGCAGAUCGACAACCCCGACUACAAGGGCAAGUGGGUGCACCCCGAGAUCGACAACCCCGAGUACAGCCCCGACCCGCUGCUCUACGCCUACGACAGCUUCGGGGUCAUCGGCCUCGACCUCUGGCAGGUCAGGGGGGGCCCCACAAAGGGGGCUGGGGGGGUCCCCAAAGCCCCUGAGGAGCCCCCUCGGGUUUUAGCCCCGGAGUCGCCCCAAAAUUCUGACCCGGAG